AAAUCACUCGACCCGACCGACCCAACCGACCCGUUAAACUAUUCUUCAUAAAUUACCCAAACGAAACGCUUCUGCAUCACUGUACCCUUCUCUCUCUCUCUCUCUCUCUUCACAGUGAGUUCGCCAUGGCAUUUCCGUACUUGGAAGCAGUUGUUGGUUUCAUGAUAUUAAUGUAUAUAUUUGAGUCAUACCUUGAUGUACGGCAGCACGCUGCUCAUAAAUUGCCAACACUUCCCAAACCUUUGGUGGGAGUUAUCAGCCAGGAAAAAUUUGAGAAGUCCCGUGCUUAUAGUCUAGACAAAAGUUACUUCCAUUUUAUCCACGAGUUUGUUACCAUAAUUAUGGACUCUUCCAUCUUGUACUUCCGGAUAUUGCCCUGGUUUUGGAAGAGAUCAGGAGAGUUUCUGGUAUACCUUGGUCUCAAUGCAGAGAAUGAAAUAUUUCACACACUCUCAUUUUUAGCAGGAGUUAUGGUUUGGUCACAGAUCACCGAUCUGCCAUUUUCGUUGUAUUCAACCUUUGUGAUCGAGGCCCGCCAUGGGUUCAACAAGCAAACAGUGUGGUUAUACUUCAGGGAUAUGAUAAAAGGAAUUGCUUUAUCUAUUGUGAUUGGUCCUCCCAUUGUGGCUGCCAUUAUUGUUAUAGUACAGAAAGGAGGUCCUUACUUGGCAAUUUACUUAUGGGGAUUUAUGCUGAUUUUGUCUCUUGUUAUGAUGACUAUCUACCCAGUACUAAUUGCUCCACUUUUCAACAAGUUCACUCCGCUUCCACAGGGAGAGCUUAGGUUGAAGAUCGAGAAUCUUGCAUCCUCACUCAAAUUUCCCCUAAAGAAAUUGUUUGUUGUUGAUGGCUCCACAAGGUCAAGCCAUAGCAAUGCAUACAUGUACGGAUUCUUCAAGAACAAGCGCAUUGUCCUCUAUGAUACACUCAUCCAGCAGUGCAAGAAUGAUGAGGAAAUCGUUGCUGUUAUUGCACACGAGCUUGGCCACUGGAAACUUAAUCACACAAUGUACUCCUUUAUUGCUGUUCAGAUUCUCACGUUCUUGCAGUUUGGAGGGUACACUCUUGUUAGGAAUUCAAAGGACUUGUUUCAGAGUUUUGGCUUUGAUACACAACCAGUUCUCAUUGGACUCAUCAUAUUUCAGCAUACUGUGAUACCUCUCCAGCACCUUGUGAGCUUUGGCCUUAACCUUGUAAGCCGUGCCUUUGAGUUCCAGGCUGAUGCAUUUGCAAAGAAACUGGGUUAUGCUGCACCUCUUCGAGCUGGUCUUGUGAAACUGCAGGAAGAGAACUUGUCAUCUAUGAAUACAGAUCCUUGGUAUUCAGCCUAUCAUUAUUCUCACCCUCCCCUCGUUGAAAGAUUGGCUGCCAUUGAUGAAUCUGAUAAGAAGACGGAGUGACACAUUCAUGGGAGUUUCACCGUUCAAUGUAGAGCUCGUUCUACACUGCACAUCUGCAAGCAUAGAUACUAUAUACUUGCAACGUCAUGUAUGCUGAUAUUGUCAUGUUAUAUUCACAACAUAGGGCUUUUGAGGGGUCGUAAGGAUCGUGGUUUUGUCAUCCAUGUGGUUUACAUGUCUAGGUCGAAAAUUUACCCCUAACCAUACUUUUGGCAAUUCUAGCUUUCUGGGAGAUGUAGCUACAGCUUGAAAAAACUCAGGCAGAUCACACUAGUAGCUCAACAGUUUACAGUGGGCAGCAGGAUAAUGAAAAUGGUUUUUAAUGAGCAAGCUACUUAUUAGCCUUUGAAAAUAUGCUAA